AUGAGACUGCCGUUAUACCCCGGGUUCUCCAGAGCCGGUGCUAAUGUUGUGGUCACCGGUAGACGAGCCGAUAAAGUGUCAGAAGUGGCCAAAGAGUGUCUCAAAGUAUCACCGAAACAGUCGAAAGCACUGGAAGUGGUGGCGGAUGUGACUAAACCGGAAGACUUGCGACGACUUGUGGACACAACUGUCAAACACUUCGGAAAACUCGAUGUUUUGGUGAACAACGCCGGCGCUGGUGUUGGCGCUAAAUUUGAAGACAAAGAUUUUUACGACAAAUUUCAAAAAUCUAUGCAAAUAAAUCUCAAUUCUGUGGUCUAUUUAACGCAUAUAUGUGUCGAGCAUUUGGAGAAAACAAAGGGAAAUAUUGUCAACAUUUCAAGUGUCGCCGGGAAGAGAGCUAUGCCUGGUUUCAGUCCCUAUAGUGUGGCGAAGUGUGCUCUGAAUAUGUUCACCAAAUGUAUGGCCGCGGAGUUGGGAUCCAAACGUAUCCGCGUUAAUGUCAUCAAGUAA